AUGACAACAACUAAUGCUCCUACAAGCACAACUGUGGUUUCCACAACAACACCCCUGACAACUACAACAAUUGAAACAUCCAUGACCACAGCCCCAACAAGCACGACUGAGACGUUGACAACCACUACGCAAAUUCCAACUACAACAACUGUUUCUCCUACAAGCACAACUGUGGCUUCUACAACAACACCUUCAAUAACAGCUCCAACAACCACGACUGAGGCAACCACAACAAAUGCUCCAACUACAACACCACUUCCAACAACAACAACAACUAAUGCUCCUACAAGCACAACUGUGGUUUCCACAACAACACCCCUGACAACUACAACAAUUCAAACAACCAUGUCCACAGCUCCAACAAGCACGACUGAGAUGUUGACAACCACACAACAAAUUCCUGCUACAACAACUGUUUCUCCUACAAGCACAACAUUGUCUUCCACAACAACAUCUUCAACCACAGCUCCACCAACCACAACUGCGGCUCCCACAACCACAACAAAUUCUCCAACUACAACACCUAUUCAAACAACAACAACAACUAAUGUUCCAACAACAACAGCUUUGCUUUCCACAACAACACUCCCAACAACUACAGCACUUCCAAUAACAACAACCACUGCUCCAACAAGCACAACUGAGAGGUCGACAACCACACUGCAAAUUCCAACUACAACAACUGUUUCUCCUACAAGCACAAAUUUGGCUUCUACAACAACACCUCCAACAACCACGACUGAGGCAACCACAACACCACUUCCAACAAUGACAACAACUAAUGCUCCUACAAGCACAACUGUGGUUUCCACAACAACACCCCUGACAACUACAACAAUUGAAACAUCCAUGACCACAGCCCCAACAAGCACGACUGAGACGUUGACAACCACUACGCAAAUUCCAACUACAACAACUGUUUCUCCUACAAGCACAACUGUGGCUUCUACAACAACACCUUCAAUAACAGCUCCAACAACCACGACUGAGCACAACAUUGUCUUCCACAACAACAUCUUCAACCACAGCUCCACCAACCACAACUGCGGCUCCCACAACCACAACAAAUUCUCCAACUACAACACCUAUUCAAACAACAACAAGAACUAA